UUGAUACAGGAGAUACUGGAUAGCCCUCUCCAAAAAUGGAGGAUGGAAAGCCCGUUUGGGCACCACACCCUACAGAUGGAUUUCAGAUGGGCAAUAUAGUGGAUAUUGGACCUGAUAGCUUGACAAUUGAACCCUUGAACCAAAAAGGCAAGACGUUUUUGGCUCUCAUAAACCAAGUGUUUCCUGCAGAAGAGGACAGUAAAAAGGAUGUGGAAGAUAACUGUUCACUAAUGUAUUUAAAUGAAGCCACACUUCUCCAUAAUAUCAAAGUUCGGUAUAAUAAAGACAGAAUUUAUACAUAUGUCGCCAACAUUCUGAUUGCAGUGAACCCCUACUUUGACAUACCUAAGAUAUAUUCUUCAGAAACAAUAAGGUCAUAUCAGGGGAAAUCUCUUGGGACCAUGCCACCUCAUGUUUUUGCAAUUGCUGAUAAAGCUUUUCGAGACAUGAAAGUGCUAAAAAUGAGUCAAUCUAUCAUCGUCUCUGGAGAAUCAGGAGCUGGCAAAACAGAAAAUACAAAAUUUGUUCUAAGGUAUCUGACUGAGUCUUACGGAACAGGUCAAGAUAUUGAUGAUCGAAUUGUUGAAGCCAAUCCACUUUUAGAAGCUUUUGGAAAUGCAAAGACUGUUCGCAACAAUAAUAGCAGUCGAUUUGGAAAAUUUGUAGAAAUACAUUUUAAUGAAAAGAGUUCAGUUGUUGGAGGAUUUGUUUCACAUUAUCUUCUAGAGAAAUCUAGGAUCUGUGUUCAAGGCAAAGAGGAAAGGAAUUAUCAUAUCUUUUAUAGGUUGUGUGCUGGUGCUUCUGAAGACAUUAGGGAAAAACUUCAUUUGAGCUCCCCGGAUAAUUUUCGGUAUUUAAACCGAGGCUGCACUAGAUACUUUGCUAACAAAGAAACUGACAAACAGAUUUUACAGAACCGCAAAAGUCCUGAGUAUCUUAAGGCAGGUUCCUUGAAGGAUCCUCUGUUAGAUGACCAUGGAGAUUUUAUUAGAAUGUGCACAGCCAUGAAAAAGAUUGGUUUGGGUGAUGAAGAAAAGCUUGAUCUGUUUCGAGUAGUGGCUGGUGUCCUACACCUUGGAAAUAUUGAUUUUGAGGAAGCCGGCAGCACUUCAGGUGGUUGUAAUCUGAAGAAUAAAUCUACUCAGUCAUUGGAAUAUUGUGCUGAAUUACUGGGUUUGGAUCAAGAUGAUCUUCGUGUGAGUUUAACCACAAGAGUAAUGCUUACAACAGCAGGGGGCACUAAAGGAACAGUUAUAAAGGUGCCCCUGAAAGUGGAGCAAGCAAACAAUGCCCGUGAUGCCUUGGCAAAGACUGUCUAUAGCCAUCUCUUCGAUCAUGUGGUAAACAGAGUGAAUCAAUGUUUUCCUUUUGAGACAUCAUCUUAUUUUAUUGGAGUCCUAGAUAUUGCUGGGUUUGAGUACUUUGAACAUAACAGUUUUGAACAAUUUUGUAUCAACUACUGCAAUGAAAAACUUCAACAGUUUUUUAAUGAAAGGAUUCUGAAGGAGGAACAAGAACUGUAUCAAAAAGAGGGUUUAGGUGUUAAUGAAGUACAUUAUGUGGAUAAUCAGGACUGUAUAGAUUUAAUUGAAGCAAAACUAGUGGGAAUACUGGAUAUUUUGGAUGAAGAAAAUCGCCUCCCCCAGCCAAGUGACCAACACUUUACAUCUGUGGUUCACCAGAAGCAUAAGGACCAUUUCCGGCUCACUAUUCCCAGGAAAUCUAAACUGGCAAUACAUAGGAACAUCAGAGAUGAUGAAGGCUUCAUUAUCAGGCAUUUCGCAGGAGCAGUGUGCUAUGAAACAACCCAAUUUGUGGAGAAAAAUAAUGAUGCCCUACACAUGUCUCUUGAAUCCUUAAUAUGUGAAUCCAGAGAUAAGUUUAUACGGGAAUUAUUUGAAUCAUCCACAAAUAACAACAAAGAUACUAAACAAAAAGCAGGAAAACUCAGCUUCAUCAGUGUGGGAAACAAAUUUAAGACACAGUUAAAUUUGCUUCUGGAUAAACUUCGAAGUACUGGAGCAAGCUUUAUACGUUGCAUCAAACCUAACUUAAAAAUGACAAGCCACCACUUUGAAGGUGCUCAAAUUUUGUCUCAACUUCAGUGUUCAGGUAUGGUGUCUGUUUUGGACUUGAUGCAGGGUGGUUUUCCAUCACGAGCUUCAUUUCAUGAACUCUAUAACAUGUAUAAAAAAUAUAUGCCAGAUAAACUUGCAAGACUGGAUCCAAGACUCUUUUGCAAGGCUCUUUUUAAAGCUUUGGGCUUGAGUGAAAUCGACUAUAAGUUUGGGUUAACAAAAGUAUUUUUUAGACCUGGCAAGUUUGCAGAAUUUGAUCAGAUUAUGAAGUCUGACCCUGACCACUUAGCAGAGUUGGUAAAAAGAGUCAAUCAUUGGCUCAUCUGCAGUCGCUGGAAGAAAGUUCAGUGGUGCUCCCUCUCGGUCAUCAAACUGAAAAACAAAAUAAAAUAUCGAGCAGAAGCCUGUAUUAAAAUGCAAAAAACGAUUCGAAUGUGGCUUUGCAAAAGGAGACACAAACCUCGCAUUGAUGGCCUUGUUAAGGUGGGCACAUUGAAAAAACGACUCGAUAAAUUUAAUGAAGUAGUAAGUGCAUUGAAAGAUGGAAAACCAGAAGUGAUUAAACAGAUCAAGGAUCUUGAAAUUUCUAUUGAUGCUUUGAUGGCCAAAAUUAAGACCACUAUGAUGACAAGGGAACAAAUACAGAAAGAAUAUGAUGCAUUAGUUAAAAGCUCAGAGGAACUCCUCAGUGCAUUGCAGAAGAAAAAACAACAGGAAGAAGAAGCAGAAAGGCUGAGACGUAUUCAAGAAGAAAUGGAAAAAGAAAGAAAGAGACGUGAAGAAGAUGAACGACGUCGAAGAAAGGAAGAGGAGGAAAGGCGGAUGAAACUUGAAAUGGAAGCAAAGAGAAAACAAGAAGAAGAAGAGAGAAAGAAAAGGGAAGAUGAUGAAAAACGUAUUCAGGCUGAAGUGGAGGAGCAGCUGGCCAGACGGCGGGAGGAGGAAUCUCAGCAGCAGGCGGUUCUGGAGCAGGAGCGGCGGGACCGGGAGCUGGCCCUGAGGAUCGCGCAGAGUGAGGCCGAGCUCAUCACCGACGAGGCCCAGGCCGACCCAGCGCUCCGGAGAAAUGAUGGAACAAGACCCAAAAUGACACCGGAACAAAUGGCCAAAGAAAUGUCAGAAAUUUUGAAUAGAGGUCCUGCUGUACAAGCUACCAAAGCAGCUGCUGGUACCAAGAAACACGAUCUCAGUACAUGGAAAUACGCAGAGCUACGUGACACCAUCAACACUUCCUGUGAUAUUGAGCUCCUGGCAGCUUGCAGAGAAGAAUUUCAUAGGAGACUAAAAGUGUAUCAUGCUUGGAAAUCCAAGAAUAAGAAGAGAAAUACUCGAACAGAGCAACGUGCUCCAAAGUCUGUUACUGACUAUGAUUUUGCACCAUUUUUGAACAAUUCACCUCAGCAGAACCCAGCGGCUCAGCUUCCUGCCAGGCAGCAGAUUGAAAUGAACCGACAGCAGCGCUUCUUCCGCAUCCCAUUCAUCCGCCCUGCUGACCAGUACAAAGACCCGCAGAGUAAGAAAAAAGGCUGGUGGUAUGCCCAUUUUGAUGGACCAUGGAUUGCUCGGCAAAUGGAACUCCAUCCUGACAAGCCACCCAUUCUUCUUGUGGCUGGUAAGGAUGACAUGGAGAUGUGUGAGCUGAAUCUUGAAGAGACAGGCCUCACUCGAAAGCGUGGUGCUGAAAUUUUGCCAAGACAGUUUGAAGAAAUUUGGGAACGCUGCGGAGGCAUCCAGUAUCUUCAGAAUGCGAUUCAGAGCAGACAGGCUAGGCCCACGUAUGCAACAGCCAUGCUGCAGAAUCUGUUAAAGUAAACACUGCAUACUGACCUUGCAGCUGGGGGCCGUUGCCAUGGUUCCAAGGUGUGUGCUCCAGAGAUCUCACCACUCCACCAUCAUGUUAGAGUUACUUAUACAAAGUGAACAGAUUUUAUUAAUCAUGAGUUUUUGUUAAUUUGUUUAAGGUUAAUUAUGGUAGUGAAAUUGGGACCUGAAAAUUAUUUUCCACUGUUCUCUUAAACCUCUCAUUUUUGUAUACUUGUAACAUUUGGACAGAUUCUGACAUUUCUCAUCUUUUGCCAACAGACUACCUUAAGUGCACCCAUCUUAAUUAUUCUCUGAGAAAAGAAUUUUUUAAAAGAAUAAUAAUACUUUUAAGGAUGGUACAGUACCAUAUAACUGGAAUAAUGAAACCGUAAAUAUUUUUAUGAGAAUUAAAGCACUUAAAAUGAUCAGGGCACUGAUAUUUUGGUCUGAAAAGCUGUUUACUGUCUUUACUCAUUUUUUUCAGAAACUCAUGGAUACUUCCCCCAAAGGUGGAAGCUUUGUUCCCCCCCACGCCCCCGCUUCAUAGUGUGUCUUAGUUUGAGUGCAGCAAUUCUAAGUUCUACUGUUCUCGAGAGCACAGUCAUGUAUUUGAUGUACUCUGUAAUGAAGGAGGUACUCAGAAUGUCCUGCACAGAUAUGUUUUUUCUUUUCUAGCAAACAGUUGCUAUAAGAAUGUUCUUUUUAUAAUUGACAAAUAAUGGAAUUUCCGCUAAUUUAAAUGCCUAAAAAGUUUUGAAGCAACUUUUGUUUUGCUUAGAAAAGAAAAUGGGUUUUUGGUGGCACUGUGGUUUAACUGGCCUGAAUUGAAAUCGUCUUUCAGUUUCAUCUCAGUUAAGAUUUUUGUAUCAGAAUCUUGUCCAAGUUGUUUCAUGUGAUUAAGCUAGUGUUCUGCUUAGAACUUUUUUUUUUUUAAAUUUCCUACUGUUGUUUUGGCCUUUGAGAUUUUGGUAAUUGUAGAGAUGUUUUAUAGGCUUUGUAAUUCAAAAGCCCUUUUACUUAGCAGUAAUUACUUGUUUCACAUAACUGAUAAUUUAAAAAAAAACUUUUUUUUUUUUUCCUUUGUGUGCUGUUAACUGUAAUCAAAUGUUAGCUGUCUCAAGCCUAAUCUUUGUGACUUUCACGUUAGGAAUUUAGAGACAAAAAUUACAUCAAGGAAUUAUGUUGACAUAAUCCUAGGAAGUCUUGUUUGUAUUUCAGGAUAAAAUUAGAAA